CUGCAAGCUUUUGACUUCUCUCCUCCAACACAGAAGAAGACAGCUCACGGUAACCAGGCAACCAAAGAUACAGCUAAUCUAUCGUCGCUUGCUAACUGUCGCCUUAAAGCUGCUAUUUCUUUUUCAAAAUCAGUCAUCACCACCAUGUCCUGUAUUUCUGAAAACAACUCCAAGCCGAAGUCAAUGAACAGAGCCAAAGGAUGGACGGCAGAAGUGGAAAACCUAUUUAGAUUCCAGCAGGCAGGCUACAGAGAUGAACAGGAGUACAUACAAGUCAAGCAAGGGGCCUUGAUUGACAAAUGGCCAGAGACAGGCUUCGUGAAGAAGCUCCAGCGUCGAGAUGACACUUUUUAUUACUACAGCAGGAAAAGGGAAUGUCAGGACCGUGAUGUCCACAAAGUCAAAGUUUAUGCAUAUUAAGGUGUUCUAGACUCCAUCCAUUAAUCAUUAUGAUACAGCACACACCAUGGGCACAGAAACACCCCAUUCGUAGAAGAAUAUGGCCUCUCUGUUUUCAAUAAAUGAUUUUAAAAGAAAAAA